CGUAUGCGAGGAAUGUCAUUAUUCCGUAAACCGACGAAUCGCGUCGGACUUAUACGAACUAGCAUCAACAAUGUCUUCAACGCAAGAAUUGAAAGAAGUGAUUAAAGACACGCUGGAAAACAGGGGUGUACUUGGUCAGAUCAAGGCUCGGAUACGUGCAGAAGUCUUCAAUUCAUUGGAUGACAAAACGGAGUCCAAACCUCCCUUGAGCAAUGAAAACAUGAUCAUCAAUGAGUUAAUUAGAGAGUAUCUUGACUUUAAUAAAUAUAAAUACACAGCGUCUGUCCUAGUUGCAGAGUCUGGCCAGCCAAAACAACCACUUGACAGAGGAUUCCUAGCUGAAGAACUGAAUGUUGAAGAAGACAGAAAUAGCUCACAAGUACCAUUGCUGUACAGUUUAAUAGGCCAGUUUAUGGACAGAAACAGAGGUAAAAGCACACGGUCAGCCAUGAUGAACAGAGGCCAAAGUUCAAGACUACUUGAUGAUUUGGAACAAGAAAUGGCCACAGGAAAUAUUAACCACAUAACAGAACCAUUAGUUAUACGAGGUGGAAGAAAAUGAAGUUGUUGGAUCUAAUUGUUAGUACCAUGGAAGUGACUUACAUGCAGACACCAUAGGGACCAGCAUUAAACUAGUAACAGCUUUGAAUGUGUAACGCUGCAGUAUUGAGUUAUAGACAUGUGGUUUAUCUAACUGUUGAUUGACAAAAUACCAGUGUGAAUUAAGAUAAAUGGUAUAUCAGUGUGAUUUACAUAAAUGGUGGACGGAAAUUUGGGUAUUAAAAUGGAUGAAUGUUUUCCAUAUGAACAUCUCACAUGCCCAUUAUGUGUUUGUGAAUUGUUAUUCAUUAAUAUAGAAAAGGUUUAUGAAAAUAAAUGACUGUCUUGCACAAUCCAGGCAUUCACACAUAUCUUAAACAAUAGGAGAUAAUUGUGUCUUAUAAAGAGUGGCAUUUUCAAAGGGUUGCCCCCCUUUCGUACUUGGUGUUCAUGAAAGCUUAUUCAAGCAAAUAAGGCAGUUAAUAAAGUUGCACCUUUGGUGCCAAAUAAUUGGUUAAAAUAUUAUGUUCAGCGUGUUAAAUGCCACAACGAUAUCAUAAUUGGAACAUGUAUUAUGUGAACAUAAGAUAACAUUAUAUAUUUACAUGUUAUUUACAUGUGCAUAAUAUUACAUAAAUUUAUUUAUUACAAUGUAUACAAUAAUUGUCAGUUUUGUGUAUUACUAUUUGUUUUAAGAUUCCAUAAACAGUUUUAUAUGUCAUCCAAUGCAACCUUUAUAUUUGUAUGCGCCUAUCUUUAGACGCCAAGUAAAUUUAUGAAACUGUCUAA